CAUCACAUUUGAAUAUCACAAUUGAAAAUAUUUUAUUGGUACCAAAAGCACAAAAAGAAUUAAGACAUCAUCAUGUUGGGCAUUGCUAAACAAUUGGUAAACUCCUAUCCAAAUUCUCUGGCAAAUAGAGCUAUUAUUGUGCGAAAUUAUAAAGGAGGUGUUCCCGGCUGCAAUUUACCAUUUAAACUGGACAACCCCUAUAGAUUUACCGUGUUCUACUUAGUAGCCGGCAUAAUUGGGUUUGGUGCUCCUUGGUUAGUUGUUAUGCAUCAAAUGUUACGGCCUUAUAAUUAUGAAUGAAUUCAAUGGAGUUUAAUUCUUUAUAGACUCGUUUUUUCACCUUGUUUGAGAAAUAAAUGACUUUUUUGGGGGGGUAGUCAUAUUGAUGACUAUUCACAUAUGGUA